CGGUGCCCUUGGAUAUGGAGACCUCCCCUUAGCACAGUAAGAUUUCGCCAUGUUGAAGGUCUGUGAGAAUCUCCGCGAGGCUGACAUAAAGGGCAGGAGGUACGGACUAGCCCGUGCGGAGACAGGCUACCUCCGUGCCCUGGUGGACGCCACGGCUGACAAGGACAGGCUGCUUCAAGUGGAGCUGCUCAAAAGUCUGGGCGACGUGAACUUGGAGAAGGGAAGACUCGGGAGGGAUUUAGGGAAGCUCAACAUGGCCUUGGCACUUUACAUUGCUGCUAUGGUCCGGUGUGACCAUCGGGAGCAGGGAGAAGGUAUAGAACACCGAUACGAAUACACGGAGAGGCUUGUACAAGGGGUGUGCCCAAAGGGAUCACAGGUUCGGGAACGGCCAACUGCAGACAAGGAAAUGACUACACCUUCAAUGGUGGCAGAAAAAUUUCAAGAUUUGGACAACAACCGGACUACCGGUGGUAACACAGACUUUAUGCUGGUUGGGUACGCGCAAUUGAUUGUAGAAGGGAUAGUAAACGAUAACAACAUGUUAGAAACAGAUGCGAUCAAAAGUUGCGGUGACGUGUACCUGAAAAGAGGAACAGAAACUAGAGACACGAGAGACUUAACCAGAGCUACUGCUCUGUACAACACGGCACUGACGCGGUGUAACAACUUUCAGGGAACAGUUGCCAUUGUCCACCGCUUACUGCACACCGCAAAAAUCAGACAAGAUAUCACCAUAAGCAUAAACAGGCCAACUCGUACACAACGACAGCAAGACGUGAGAAGACGCGUAGGGAAGGACCACUUCUCACCAUCCUCAAGUGCACCCUUAAGCAACAUCAUUAAUGGCGGAAUGCGCCGUCUACACAAUUCCCCGGACCCGCAGAAAGCUGAAAACCCGACACGAGUUGACGAAGACAAUGUAUACGAAGAACAUCUACAAGAUGGCUGUAGGGCCCUGCAGACUGGAGACCUGGACAAAGCAGAACAGAGUUUUGCAGCCGCGCUGAAGUCUGUUCAUGUCAAUGGUCAACACAAGAAGGAGGCAGAGCCCAUGUACAAGUUGGGCGAUGUCUAUCUGAAGAGAGGAAUCCAGUCAAAGGACGGGGGUGAUUUCACCAAGGCUGCAGCACUCUGUAAUGCAGCACUGGUAAGGUCAAGGAGAGAAGAUAUAUGGGGAAACGACCCAGAAAAUAAGUCAAGCAUUUGUUGAGGAAGUCCUGGGGAUAGAUCAUAAGGUACACAGUGAUGAUACAGAAAAACACAAAUUGAUGCUGAAGGCUGAUCGGGACUAUGUAGAAAACGAGAUCAAAAGAAUUGAACAAGAGGCAGAUCCAUAUAGCCUUGAUGACGAGGACCCAAAGAUAAAAGAAGUGGAGAAAAAGAGAGUGGAAUCAAUCAAAGCAUUGUGUCAGACACUUACUAAGCAGCGUAAAACGUUCAUAUCUGGUCUUGUAGAUGAAUGCAUGGAGGUAAUGGGCCCCCCUCCCUGUAAGUACGCCAUGAUAGGUUUGGGUUCACAAGCCACAGGAUUGGUAACACCAUACUCUGAUCUGGAAUUUGCCAUUUUGGUAGAGGAGGAAACCGA